AAUUAUCGAAAACCCUAAAAACCACUGCGUAGGUAGGGUUGAGAGAGGAGGGAGAGAGAGAGAUGUGCGGAAUCGCUCUCAUUGUCUGUGGUGUUCGCAUCGAUUUAUCAGCUUUGCUUCCCAUUUUCAGUACUAGUUCACUUCCUCAAGCUGAACAACCGUUGUUUUCUAUAAAUGAUAUCAAAGCAGCUUUAAGGAGACGAGGUCCGGAUAGCUUGGGAAGCAAGAAAGUUUUUCUUCAUUCAAAGAUUCCAUCUUCUGUUGAGGGACAAGAUAUUUUCUCUCUUACAGUGGAAGAAGAGGCAAUCAAGGGUGAUUUACAUUAUAACGCUAAUUCAUGCCAUUGCAUCACUUUUGCAAGUGAAGAACCUUGUAUGCUAGACAAUGAUUUUGAUAAACCUAAGUGUGUUGCCGAACUGUUUUUUCUUGGUGCCACAUUACAACUUAGGGGUAUAAAUCCUAUUAUUCAGCCGCUGGUGGAUGCAGCUGGAAAUAUCCUUGUUUAUAAUGGUGAAAUAUUUGGAGGAAUUUAUCUCAGCAAUGAUAGCAAUGAUGGUGAAAUUCUUAUGGAAUCUCUUGGAAAUUGCUGUUCCUGCAGUUCUCAUGGACAAAUGGAAGCAUGUCAUGGUAGCGAGAAGGGGCAAAAUUCUGUUCCUAAUCUUCUUUCAACAAUUAAUGGGCCAUGGGCUUUAAUCUAUUGGCAGGCUAGUUCAAGAACCAUAUGGUUUGGUCGAGAUGCUUUUGGAAGGCGGAGCCUUCUUGUUCACUGGCCAACUUCCAAGGACUCCAGGCUUCUUCUAACUUCUGUAUCGCCACCUCAUUCCAUUGAUAAGAGUUCUGAUCAGGGAGAAGAAUAUGGAACGAGUGAAAUGGAUUUUUGGGAAGAGCUUCCAUGUGGGGUAUAUAGUAUGCGAGUAGGUGCUUCAAAAUUGGAUGCAAAUAUGGUUGGUGAAGUUAAAAGACAUGAAUGGACGGAUCCCAUUCUAAAUGAACUGAUCAAGUGGGACAGAACUUCUGUUCAACCCAAACCUGAGGAGUUAAAUGUAUCCCGAAUGAAAUUUCCUGGCUGGCAACAUGACAUGCUUUCAGUUCAUUCAACUAAAGUACCCUACGAAUCAGGACUUAUACAAGCAUCAGUUGUGGUGCCAUCAGAGACAGUUCUGCUUGCUCUUAGAGAAGCUGUGAUGCGGCGCACUGCAAUAAGUACAAUGUUCAAGGUAAAAAAAUGAUUAAUUUGAAGCAUACUUCUUGUGGUU